AUGCGAAGCUCGAGAUGCGUAUUCAGUUCGGCUACGGCUCUCCAUCGCGUUUUCAUUGCGCCAAUUGAGCUUCAGUCAAAACUCCAAGUUCGCCAACUGUCCUUGAUUGCAACUUCAACACCACAACUACGAUCGCAACUACAGUCGCAAAGACAAUGUAAUGUACAAUCCGCACAGCAGAAGCGACAUGUUUCCCUCCACGUCGCCGAGAAAGCCCGCUUCCCCCGCGACGACGAAAUAAAAGCCUGGUCCGUAACUCUCGUCGACGCCGACGGGAAACUGACAGACCCCCGCUCCACCUCCUCCGUCCUCUCCAGCAUCGACCGGAAAACUGAAUCCCUCGUCGUUGUUGUGCCCGGCUCCCAGGGCGUGCCACCUAUCUGCAAAAUCCUCAACAAGCAAGCCAUGCGCGCCGCUGAGAAAGCGAAAAUGAAAUCCGCGCGCGGCACGGCCGUCACGCAGAAAACGAUGGAGCUGAACUGGGCGAUUGGGAAGGGCGACUUGGGACAUAGGAUGGGGAAGUUGCAGCAGUGGUUGGAGAAGGGGUGGAGGGUUGAGGUAGUGAUUGCGGGGAAGAAGAAGGGGAAGAAGGCGAGUGAGGAGGAGGCGAGGGACCUGUUAAAGACCAUUAGGGGACUGCUUGCGGAAGUGGGCGGGAGGGAGAUGAAACCUGAGGAGGGGGGAGUGUUGGGGACGUUGACGAUUUAUUUGGAGGGAAAGCAGCAGGGGAAGAAAGGGAAGAAGGGUGAGAGUGACACUGCUGGACCUGUGGUGGAUGGAGAGGCGAAGGGAAAUAGUGAAGGUGUUCAAGAGGCUGUUGGUGGGGAGAAUGUGGAAGCGGAUAAUGAUGCUAGUAAGGACCUUGCUGAAGGUCAGAGAGCUGCAUCUGCUGGGUAUUGA